CAGCAGCAGUAGUAAGAGGACAGCAGCAGCAGGACAGCUGUGUCCCGUGGACGCUCACAUCCACAUCUGCGCUCGUCCUCGUCGUCGCCGUCGCCGCUGUCCAUGGUGCUGAACUCGUGCUCCAGGAAUGGUGGAGACGCUGAGUAUCGCAGUCAUCGGUGCUCCCGGAGUGGGGAAAACUUCUAUAAUCCGCCAGUUCAUCUAUAACGAUUUCUCAGAGGUUUACACGCCGACCAGGAGCAGAUAUGUGUACAGACCGUCCGUCAUCCUCAACGGAAACAUGUACGAGCUGAAGGUUUUGGACGUCCCGCCAAUCUCCUCCUUCCCGUCCAGCUCCAGUCAGGAGUGGCUGGACCUGCGAUGCAGAGGGGUUCGCAACGCCAACGCCUACAUCCUGGUGUACGACAUCUGCUGCGUGGAGAGCUUCGAGUACGUCAAGAUGAUCAGACAGCAGAUAGUGGAACACAGGGAAGGCAGUAGCAGUGAGGUGCCGAUCCUGGUGGUGGGCAACAAGAGGGACCAGCAGCGGCAGCGCUUCAUGCCUCGCAGAGCCGUUUCCGUGCUGGUGAAGAAAACCUGGAAGUGUGGUUAUGUGGAGUGCUCUGCCAAGUUCAACUGGCACGUGGUCCUGCUCUUCAAAGAGCUGCUGGGCAUCGCUGUGGCCCGGGGCAUGCGCCAGAACCACACCUCCAUCCGACUGCAGGGGGCGCUACAGAGGAAUCGCUGCACCAUCAUGUGACCCCCCCGCCCCCCAGAGCUGCCUCCGCCUCCCCCACACCUCACCUCAGGCAGUGGAGAAAAGACUUUUUUAUCUAAAUGGCUGGAAAAAUACCCCGUGGCCUCCUGCUUGACUGAGCUGAUUUUUCAUAAUGAGGUUUAUUAUCUUGCGCUGUAACAAAUAAUAUUUAAAAAAAAAAAUACAUUUUACACACACACACACAGUCAUCCAGCCACUUCCUGGUCAAAAUCUGCCAAAUCUGUAAGGAGUUAUGUGAGGAAACAUGGUGAGCAUAAUUAUCAUAGUGCAGUUGUUUUUCCUCACAUUAACUGGUCAUUUUGAGGCUGUGAUUCCCAGAGUUACAGCUCCAGCAGCUGCAGGUCACUCUGAGGAUCGUCCUCUGACUGUAGCCGGGCCUGAAAUCAAGCUGUGUCUGUGAGACUCAACCUGGAGAAGCAGCAAUAUCGUCCAGUCUUCCUUUGAAUUUCAACCGCAGACGCUCACCUCGCACACACACAUGCACACACGACAUGUUUGGAUUCAUUUACUCGAUGGAACACACACAAAGAGCAGAGUGGAGAAUGUGCAGAUAUGAUUAGAUCUUGUUUAAAAUUAGGACGUGAGAAGGAGGUAGCCAGUUUUUUCUUUCUUCUUUCUUUUUCUAUCUUUUUUCCCCCCGUCCUCAUUCCAAACUUGGCCGUAGGGUAAAAGCUGUUUGUUCAGGUAAAGGGUGUUUUAAGGUUGUCCUGCAGCAGAGAAUACUGCAGUCCCUUAUCAUGAUGUACUGUGGGACUCUAAUGUGCUCUCUCCCCUCACUCAGUCUGCUUCUGAUGAAUGCAUUAAAUCUAGAGGAGUGAGGGUCUGCAGGAGGCUAGAAAACACUUAAGGCUGCAACCCGCAAGAUGGCAUUAUGUGUGUGUGUGUGUUGUUUUUGUUGCCUCUUAGUGACCUUUUCUGGUAGUCCUAAUAAGACACAACCUCAUUUCUGAGGCUGUGGUUAAAGGUUAGUGAUUAGGUUAAAGUUAAAGUUAGGGAUAAGGCUUUGGUUACUCUGUCCAAAUGAAUGAAAGUCAAUGUGUCCCUAACAAGAAUGGCUGUGAAAACCUGUGUGUCCAGAGGUGGAAAGAGUAACUGAAAUGUUCUACUCAAGUAAAAGUACCGCUUUUUUGAUAGAAAUGUACUUAAGUACAAUUAAAAGUACUGCUCUAAAAAAUGUACUUGAGUUAAAGUAAAAAAAGUAGCUUGUUUAAAAGUGACUUAAUAACAAAGUUGGGGUUAUUUCUUGUGUUGUGCAAAAAGGACAAGGGGACACAAAUCUCCCAUGAAGUCCCAUAAAAAAUUAAUUAGCAUUUAGUUCACCUGCCUUCAACAUUCACUGCCAAAGUUUCCCAUGCAUGAAUUUGUUUUUUAUUUUUUAU